GCUCGAUCGCUGCAACGAAGCGGCACAAACCACCAUGCAGCUGGUGUUAUGGGCGGUAGGAUUAAGCACGCUACUCCUGCAAGACUUCUUGAAUAGAGCCGGCGCAGCAGCAGCAGCAGCAGCAGCAGCCAGAAAGCAAGGGAGGCAUCUCCGACAAGCCAAACUGCUGGAGACGCUGAGAGAGUACGAGAUUGUUGUCCCGACCCGUGUGAAUGAGCUUGGAGAACCAUUGCCUGCAAAGGUGCACUUUGAGAGAAGGAAACGGAGCCUUCCUUCCGAAGCUGAGCCUUGGAUCUUGGAUGCUCCCUCUCCUCCCAUCGCCUCCUCUUCUUUCAGUACCACCCAAGUGCAUUAUAGACUGCAAGCCUUUGGGCAGCACUUCAUUUUCAACCUUACGGCCCAUUCGGGAUUUAUUGCCCCUCUUUUCACGGUCAGCUUCCUUGGACAACCCGAGGUUAACCAAACUAACUUUUACACCGAGGAGGAAAGUGAUAUUAAGCACUGUUUCUAUAAAGGACAUGUCAACACGGAGCCCCAACAUACAGCAGUCAUAAGCCUGUGCUCUGGGAUGUUAGGCACAUUUAGGUCUCAUGAUGGAGAAUACUUUGUAGAGCCGCUCAUAUCACCUGACCAACAAGAAUAUGAAGAAGAGAAUAAAAAGCCACAUAUUGUCUACCGACACAGUGUACCACCAACACUCUCACCAAGGAACAAGCAGACCUGUGACAUUUCAGGGCAUGCAAAAAAUCACAGAAACCCUAAAAGACAAAACAGGGCAAAGCAGUGGCCCCCCAAUAGCAUGUUCUCUGACAUAGAGGCCUUGAAACUUAACUUAGGGCAAUUUCCUGUAUCUGGCAAAAACAACACUGGCAACGUAAGGAAAAAAAGUAGUCCACGAAGAAUCAAACGAUUUCUCUCCUAUCCCCGAUAUGUGGAAGUUAUGGUGGUAGCAGACAGUCGAAUGGCUUCAUACCAUGGGACUAAUCUUCAACACUACAUUUUGACAUUAAUGUCCAUAGUAGCAUCUAUAUACAAAGACCCGAGCAUUGGGAAUUUAAUUAAUAUUGUUAUUGUGAAAUUAGCCAUCAUACAUAAUGAACAGGAUGGCCCAGCCAUAUCUUACAAUGCUCAGACAACAUUAAAAAACUUUUGCCAAUGGCAGCAAACUCAGAAUCAGCUCAGUGAAGAACAUCCAGAUAAACAUGAUACUGCUGUAUUGGUGACAAGGCAGGAUAUUUGUAGAGCUCAUGACAAAUGUGAUACUUUAGGUUUGGCUGAAUUGGGUACUGUCUGUGAUCCAUACCGAAGUUGUUCUAUUAGUGAAGACAGUGGACUAAGUACUGCUUUUACAAUUGCACAUGAACUUGGCCAUGUAUUUAACAUGCCCCAUGAUGACAAUAAUAAGUGCAAAGAAGAAGGAGGAAAAAGCCAGCAGCAUGUUAUGGCUCCCACCCUCAACUACAACACUAACCCCUGGAUGUGGUCAAAAUGCAGCCGUAAAUACAUCACGGAAUUUCUGGACACUGGAUACGGGGAGUGUUUGCUUGAUGAGCCUUCAUCAAGGACCUACACUUUGCCUCAACAACUUCCUGGUCACAUGUAUGAUGUCAAUAAGCAGUGCGAGUUAAUUUUUGGGCCUGGAGCUAAGGUUUGCCCUUAUAUGAAGCAGUGCAGAAGACUAUGGUGCAUUAAUGAUGAUGGAGCUCAUAAAGGAUGUCGUACGCAACACACACCAUGGGCAGAUGGGACGGACUGUGGCCUUGGAAAGCAUUGCAAGUAUGGCCACUGUGUUCCCAAAGAGCGAGAAGUACCUAUGACAGAUGGGGUUUGGGGCGCAUGGAGCCCCUUUGGAGUUUGUUCACGAACAUGUGGUGGAGGAAUUAAAAAUGCCAUUCGAGAAUGCAACAGGCCUGAGCCAAAAAAUGGUGGAAAAUACUGUGUGGGACGCAGGAUGAAAUUUAAAUCGUGCAACACUGAACCAUGUUCUAAACUAAAGAAAGAUUUCCGUGAUGAACAGUGCGCUGUCUUUGAUGGGAAGCAUUUUAACAUUAACGGUCUACCUCCUAAUGUGCGCUGGGUUCCUAAGUAUAGUGGAAUUUUAAUGAAAGACCGGUGUAAGCUCUUCUGCAGAGUGGCAGGAAAUACAGCUUAUUAUCAGCUCAGGGACAGGGUUAUUGAUGGCACCCCUUGUGGCCCAGACACGAAUGACAUCUGUGUACAAGGACUUUGUCGGCAAGCUGGAUGUGAUCACGUGCUCAAUUCCAAAGCCAGAAGGGAUAAAUGUGGUGUGUGUGGUGGCGAUAAUUCAUCAUGCAAAACCAUUGCAGGGACAUUCAAUACGGUGCACUAUGGUUAUAACACUGUGAUACGCAUUCCAGCCGGUGCUACAAAUAUCGAUGUACGGCAGCAUAGUUACUCAGGGAAACCAGAAGAUGAUAAUUACCUUGCAUUGUCAAGUAAUGAGGGCUUCAUACUAAAUGGAGACUAUGUUGUCAGUAUGUUUAAGAAGGAAAUAAAAAUUGGAAAUGCUGUUAUAGAAUACAGUGGCUCAGAUACUCCCGUUGAACGAAUCAAUUCUACUUACCGCAUUGAUCAAGAAAUAGUUCUUCAGGUUUUAUCAGUGGGUAAUUUAUAUAACCCCGAUGUUCGAUACACAUUCAAUAUCCCCAUUGAAGAUAAACCUCAGCAGUUUUAUUGGAAUGUCUAUGGACCUUGGCAGCCCUGCAGUAAACUCUGUCAAGGGGAACGAAAAAGGAAACCAAUUUGCACCCGGGAAUCCGAUCAGUUCAUGGUAUCUGACCAAAGAUGUGAUAAAAUCCCUCAACCUGAUCCAGUGACAGAGCUAUGUAAUUUAAAUUGUGAAUUAAGGUGGCAUAUUGUCAGAAAAAGUGAAUGCUCUGUGCAGUGUGGAAUGGGCUAUAAAACUCUGGAAAUUUCCUGUGCCAAGUACAGCAAACUUGAAGGCAAAAUUGAAAAGUAUGAUGACCGAUACUGUAGUGGCAUAUCCAAGCCAAACACUAGGGAAAAGUGUUCAGGAGACUGUAACACUGGAGGAUGGCGCUACUCAGCCUGGACUGAAUGCUCUAAGAGCUGCGGUGGUGGCACAAAGAGGCGUCGAGCAGUCUGCAUGAACACAUUCAAUGAUGUUUUGGAGGACAGUAAGUGCAGCCAGCAGGAAAAAGUGACUGCACAGCGGUGCAACGAACUCCCGUGCCCACACUGGAAAACAGGAGAUUGGUCAGAAUGUUUGGUAACCUGUGGAAAAGGGCACAAGCAUCGGCAAAUCUGGUGCCAAUUUGGAGAAGAUCGGAUCAGUGACAGACUUUGUGACCUUGAGGCCAAACCAGAUUCCAUGCAAGACUGCCAACAGCAAGAAUGUGCAGCGUGGCAAGUAGGACUGUGGGGCCAGUGCACAGUAACCUGUGGGCAAGGCUAUCAGAUGAGGGCAGUGAAAUGUGUAGUUGGUGCCUACAUUUCUGUAGUAGAUGAUAACGAAUGCAAUGCUGCAACCAAGCCAACAGAUACACAGGACUGUGAAACGGUGUCAUGUCGUCUCCAUCCUAGCAGCCCAGAAAUCAAGCAAAGCAGUCACAGAACCCAGUGGAGAUUUGGAUCCUGGACUUCUUGUUCUGCUACCUGUGGGAAGGGCACCAGGAUGAGGUAUGUCAGCUGUCGUGAUGAUCAUGGCUCUGUGGCUGAUGAAGCUGCCUGUUUCCAUCUUCCAAAACCAUCAGCAACUGAAGCAUGUCUUGUAAUAUCUUGUGGCCGGUGGAAAGCCAUGGAAUGGAGCUCAUGCUCUGUAACUUGUGGGCAAGGUAAGGUGACCAGGCAAAUACUCUGCGUAGAUUACAAUGACCAGAGUAUCGAUAGAAACGAGUGCGAUGCUGAAGAUAUCCUCGCGACAGAGCAGGAUUGCUCUAUGCCAUCGUGUCAGCAGAUCAACCUGGGUAACAGGCCCGCUAAUCCUUUUCCUUACCCUGACUAUCAUCAAAAAAACGAUCGAGGAGGGCACCCAAACCGAAAUCAAGGUCAUGGACAUGGAGGCAACCAGUGGCGAACUGGGCCAUGGGGAGCAUGCUCAAGUACCUGUGCUGGUGGAUUUCAACGGCGAGUAGUCGUAUGCCAGGAUGAAAAUGGAUAUGCUGCUGAUAAUUGUGAUGCAAGGAUGAAACCAGAUGAGCUAAGAUCCUGCGAAUCGGGACCCUGCCCUCAGUGGGCCUAUGGAAGCUGGAGUGAGUGUACCAAGUCAUGUGGCGGAGGAACCAGAACAAGACUAGUUGUAUGCCAGCAUUCCAAUGGAGAAAGAUUUACUGAUCUGAGCUGUGAAAUCCUUGACAAACCACCAGACCGCGAGCAGUGCAAUAUGCAGGACUGUCCCCGAGAAGCUGCCUGGAAUGCUGGUCCUUGGAGCUCGUGUUCUGUUUCUUGUGGACGAGGACAGAAGUACCGAGAAGUAUAUUGCAUGUCGAAGGAUGGAAAACUUUUAGAAAACAGUCUUUGUACACAACUGGCUAAACCAAAUGUGCUGAGAAAGUGUAGAGGUGGCAGGUGCCCAAAAUGGAAAGCAGGAGAUUGGGGACAGUGUUCAGUAUCCUGUGGGAAAGGAAUUCAGCAGAGAAACGUCUUCUGCCAGUUUACUGCUUCAAAACCGGCUAGAGAAACUGAAUGCCGUCAGUCAAGCAGACCAGCUUCUGAACAGGAAUGUCAAAUGGCAGAAUGUUCAUUCUAUUAUUGGAAAACAGGGGACUGGCAAGAAUGUAGCAAAACCUGCGGCAAGGGGUCUAGAUACCGGAAACUUAUCUGUGUUGACCAAAACAUGCACGAAGUUGAUAGUCUUCACUGUGAUCCAAGCAAGAAGCCAUCCGAUGUUGAGAUUUGCACCUUACCCCCAUGUGAAUACAUUUGGAUUACAGGAGACUGGUCAGAGUGCUCUGUGACCUGUGGUAAAGGCUACAAGCAAAGGCUGGUUUCCUGCAGUGAAAUUUAUACAGGGAAAGAUCACUAUGAGUACGGUUAUCAGAACACUGUCCAUUGUCCAGGCACCCCACCACUAAAUGUGCAGUCAUGCUAUCUAGGCGAGUGCCCUGUUUUGGCAUCGUGGAGAGUUGGAAAUUGGGGAAGUUGUUCGGUGACUUGUGGAAUUGGGGUGAUGCAUCGGUCAGUUCAGUGCCUCACAAACAGUGACCAAACAAGUACUUUGUGCCUUGAUGAUUUAAAACCUGAGGAAAGGAGACCAUGCCACAACAUCCAUAAUUGUGAACUACCAACAAGCUGCAAAGAAGCAAAAAGACUCCAAGUCAUUACUGAGGAUGGUGAAUAUUUUCUGAAAGUUAAAGGAAGACUUUUAAAGAUAUAUUGUGCUGGCAUGGACUCUGAUAGCCCUAAAGAAUACAUCACUUUGGUAAAUGGUGAUGCGGAGAAUUUCUCAGAAGUCUACAGCUACAGGUUACAUAACCCUACUGAGUGUCCCUAUAAUGGAAGCCGAAGAGAGAAUUGUCAGUGUAGAAAAGAUUACACAGCCGCUGGGUUUUCUGCCUUCAGCAAAGUAAGGCUGGACCUGAACGCUAUGCAGAUAAUAACUACCGAUUUGCAGUUUGCACAGACACUUGAUGGGAGACCUGUUCCUUUUGCCACUGCGGGGGAUUGCUACAGUGCAGCCAAAUGCCCACAGGGUCGCUUUAGCAUCAACCUCUCUGGAACUGGCCUGUCAGUACUGCAGACCUCAAAGUGGCUUUCACAAGGAAAUUACGCUGUUUCUGAAAUCACAAGAUCUCCUGAUGGUACCAAAGUAAUAGGAAAAUGUGGUGGUUACUGUGGAAAAUGUACUCCAUCAUCUGGAACUGGCCUCGAUGUUCAAGUGUUAUAG